CGUGUGUCGGUGUUGGGGAAUUGUAGCUGGCACGACAGUUACCGCCAGCGAUUGAACCAAGGUGUACGUACUUACUGUAGUACCGCGCUACAAGCUUCAGCGGGACUUUUCCCUUUUGACGCCCCAAAAAGGCCAAGCUUGGACCACAAGUCCAGCUCAAGGCCCUUGGUGUUUGUUGACGUGUUUGAAAGAAGGAAUAACGGCAGUGCUCAUUUCAAUUUGGUACACCAGUGCUGUUUCUCUCGUAUCAAUCAGAAUGCAAGAAAGAAGAUUCUGAUUCCAAAAGUCAGUCAUAUAGUAUAGCGAAUGCUCAGUGGAUCUCUUUCUUGGUUGCAUGACUGAAUCCAUUAGCUGCUUAACCACUUGCAAACCAAAGCUUUUCUAGUUUCUCCUGGUGGGUCUCGCUAAGCGGAGAUCGCCAGUUUAGUUCUCUUGGCAGGCAGUUCUAGUCGAAGUAUUUCUGCGUUGCAGUUCGUGAACACUCGCUCUGUGUUGUGAUAGAAAAACAAAGUCAAAGGAAAGGGCCCCCUACAAGGAGGGACCUCGUUCACAUCCCUUGUGUGUAUUGGUGAUGGUCGUGGGAUACGGUGUGAUGCCACCGUCGCGCCUUUCGGCCGCGGAUAAUCAUGUUGCAGCAUCUCCUGAGGGAGGCGACGAAGAUGGUGGUGGCGGCGGAGAUCAUCCUCCGCCCUUUUUGGAUCUUCCCCGUCUUUUGGCCACCGCCAGACACGGCGAUGUCUCCACAUUGCCCCCAGACCAAAGACAUUUAUUGGCCCGAAUGCUGUGGGCCGGGGGCGUUGUCCCCACAUUGAUCAUGCAAAGGCAAGAAGUCCUAAGGCGACGUCAGCGCCUCAUCUUGCACCAGCGCCGCCUUCAGCAGCAUCAGCAGAGGCAGAAAGUAGCCUCGUGUUCGAAGGGAAGUGGAGAGGAGUUGUUUAAGCACCCACAGACUCUGUCCAGCUCCCUGAAAAAUCAGCAACAGCGCCCUAGAAACAGAGAGCCUUGUUCCGAUGUUCUACUCAGGGAUGGCACUAUACCGUCAUCUUUGGUGCGACAGCCUUUGCCCACCGUGCAACACCGUCAGACUGACGACAGGUCGAAUGAUGCCCUGCAUGACCACAAACAGACGGAGAGGAAUGAAAAGGAAGAAAUUAGUUUCGGGAAGAGGUCGUCUUCCCCUCCCGAACCUGCUCCAGAAAAUUUGACUGUGCCCUUAUUGCGACCGCUGCCACCUCCCCCUUCGCCCCGUGCGAGUCACGUAGUGAAGUGUAUGCCUCCCUUGAAGCGUUUACGUGUCAGCUCUAUCUCCAGCGAUGACGACCAUUGGGUCCCCGUGACCCCAAGAACCACGCAUCCCAAAAGAUCUCAAGGGCCCUCAUUUUCUUCUCUCUCCCCCUCUACUUUCUCCUCGUCCACCCCUUCUUCAGAGUCUCAGUGGAUACCUGUUAGAGUGGCUGAUCUGAGUCCUUUCAAAAGCUCAUCCGAAGGCUUUCUCAAACAAUCAUCCACUUCGUUAUCCACCCCUAAUUGGCUUUCCUCUCGAUCUCUUUCACCCACUGAUGUUUCAAACGACGCGACAGACUCAAAAACCGUAGCGAAUAGUGGCACAGACUGUCAAAUCUCUCCCAAAAAAUCUGCAGUGUUGGUUGUGACGCCCGACAAUAUUGAGAAUGGCAGGCGCAGAGGUAGUACUCCCCCUUUGAGUGCGACUGUCCAUAGAAAAAAGCAAAGACUCUUGAAUCGGAAAGACAAAGUUGAUUAUGAGGUUGACAACAGUAGUCAUUACGUCACUCCUAUUCGAGUGCCUGAAGGAAGUUGUUUCGCGCCAACCCCUUGUCCUCGAGGGGCGCCGCCCUCACUCAAGUAUCACUGGAUGAACCAGCUGACGAGAAUUUUCUUACAGGAAGUUCCUGAAGAUGCACAAGACAAAGAGGCAGAGACCGCCGAAGGGGGCUCUGCCGCCGCCCCUGGUGGUGCCACAACAACCACCACCUCCUCCACAUCGACAGCCUCCAGUUCUUCACUUCCAAGUGCUGGAAAAACAUCAUGCGGCAACACUGAGACCAGUGCCAACCUUAGCAAUAACAACAAAUCCUCGUCUCCUUCGUUAUCCUGUACCCAGGGUGCGCCAGUUGCUACCUCUCUGGCUGGCAGUGGAAUGGGAAACCCUUUCGCAAGACCUCCACCUUCAGCUACAUGGGGACAAGCGUCGGAAUCUAACGAUCCAAAGCCCAUCCUCGCUCCUUCUAGAUUAGGGCCAUCUUCUGAUGCAGGGACAACAAAAGUAAGUUCUAGUGGAGGAAGUUCUGUACUUCGUCAGCCAACACUCACAACCGGGCGACCUAGUGCGUCCAUGAAGUCCCCAUCUAGUUUGUUCACUCCUCCAGCUCCUACUGUUACAGUUUCAUCACCGCCACAGCCAUCUAGAUCAGCCUUCAAAUUAAAACCUUCAGUUCUUGGUUCAGCAAAACCAUUUGCUAAAAUUACAUCUAAUUCUGAAAGUAGAGUUGACUCUGCCAGUGGGUCAGAAGAUGGAGCUUCAAAAGCCAGCGGAGAAACGUCCCCUCACAGCCUCAACGUGUCUUCGUCAACCUCAGUUACAACUGCAAACACAUCCGCUGCAUCCUCAGGAGAUCGAGAUCAUUCAUCAUCGGACUCACGUACAAGUAGUAGUAGCAGUAACAGCAUUAGCAACUCAAGUAGUCCAAGGAAUAUGUUUGUUCCUCUUUCGCGCAAUGGAGAUGGCACAGAUAGUUCACUCAGUCCAACCAUUAGAAACAAUUCCAUAUUUGGCCAGAAUCUUAUAUCCAAAGUGACCGGUGCAGAAAGCUCUGUAACAUCGUCAUCCGACGCGUCUUCUGCCACAACCAAUGGAGAAAGGCAGACUGGUAACCUCUUUACAGAAGCAGCCUCAGGGAUAUCUAGGAUUUCCGACUCUGGUGCAGCAACUAAUGGAAGAAUAGGAGGCACUGGUAACCUUUUCUCUGAAGCAGCUUCAGAAAUACUUCUGCCCACUGAAGAGAAUGCUUGGAACAGUGGCCCUUCCUUAGCUGAAACAUCACGCGAGUUGACAGAGAAAGAAAACAGCCAGAAGCGGAAAUUCGAUCAAGUGGAGGUCAUUACUGGAGAAGAAAGUGAAUCUAAUGUUUUGCAGAUGAAUUGCAAGCUGUAUGCUUGGGUGUGCGGUUCAUGGCAAGAACGUGGCCGGGGAAUUCUUCGUUUGAAUGACUGGGAUGCAGGUCAAGAGAUACAUUCCCGGUUGGUGAUCCGUACACAGGGAACUUUGACUGUUAUGCUCAAUACAAAGGUAUGGGCCGAGAUGUCUGUAGAAAGAGCAAGUAAUAAGAGUGUUAGAUUCACUGCACUGGAUGCUGAUGGACAACCCAAGAUAUUUUUGGCUAUGGGAAGCCCAAAGGAUGUAGAUUUGUUAUAUAACUCCCUAGAAUGGCGUGUGGCUGCCUCUCGCUCACAAACCCACGAAGAGGGAGAUUCAGACAAUACCAAGAAAGCCAAGAAAGAAGAGGCAGGAGCAACUGCUCUCACACGUUGAAAAAUUCGCCACUGUACUGUUGACAAAGAGCUGUUGAACAGUGUUCUGAAACUACAGUAUAUACUCUACAGUCAUGCAGAUGUGCUGUGUUAUUGCAUUUUCUUGAAGUAUGCAAAGAGAAGGACAUGAUGUGCAGGAUUUUAAUUUAUGAUUUUUGUAAUUCAGACAGACCACACUCAACUCUUAUUUUCUCUCAAUAAAGGUAGACGUCUAGAAGGACAUGUUUUAGUGAUCUCCAGUUGAUUGAUGUACAAAGGUUCGUCAUAUGAGGAUCCAUUGAGAAAUAAAUGUAAGAGACUUGUCAAUCAGUACUUCAUAACAUCAGCAACCUGAGUGGGGUGUGAAAGCAUUACAAAAAUAAAGUCAUUUCCAUCUAUUUUUACAAUAGACUUUGUAGUUUGAAUGUAGUUUUCUACAACCUAUGUGCUAUAUUGUGUAGCUUUGAAUUUUUGACAGGGAUUACGCAAUCAAAUCUUGUAUAGCACCAAUAACUGAAUGUGGCUAAUUAUUUAUGAACAUCCAAUUUUUUUGUGUUCAGAGUUAAAAAAGUAACUUAGUUAUAAAUUUUGAUGUCUACUUGUAAUAUAUUUUUUUAUUUUCCAUCUGAUCUGGUGUCUGAUAAAUGAAAUUUGGAUGACACUGGAUAUUCACGGACCAUUAUUUUUUUAAUGGCUUUUGUUUUAGUCAAUCAGAAGAUGAAUAUAUUUCCUAAAAGGUUACCUGAUGUAUUUAUCUUCACGCUUGACUUUUUCUUCUUCUUAGAAUGGUAGCGUCUUAAGAGGUAUUAGUUCUUUUGAAGAACUGUGGAGGAUAACUGUAUGAUUACGUUGUAGUGGAUCUUUGAACAAUAAUCGCAUGAGGAUGUUGGACCCACUAAUGGUCAUAUUGACCAUAGUGUUGUACUAGUUAUCAAGGUAGAUAAUAAAGCUGAAAAUUUUCUUA